AUGGAAGCUAGAGCCACUGAGGUUCUAGCAGCGUUUAAAAACAGCAAUCUCUCCGUCGAGGCGAAGGUACAACAUCUCACCAAGCUCAAGUCGGAAAUAAAGCAAAAAAAUGUGCCGGAGGUCGCCGUAUCCACAAUAUUCGAGGCAUUCCGUCUUGCGAUUGCCUCACCACAUUCCUUGCUCUCCACAGCGGGAUUUUCUGCCUUAGGUCAUCUGCUCAAACGACUUUAUCUCCAGGAAUUACAUCAGACAAUUGCCUCUCAAGGACGGUCCACAUAUCAGUUGCUGCUUGAGCGGCUAGGCGAUCACAAAGAGCGCGUCCGUUCUCAGGCCUCUCAGGCAUUCAGUGACUUUUGGCAGGCUUCUCCUGUUGAGGUUGAACAUCAUGUCUUGGAACUUGCGUUGGCGGGGAAGAAUCCACGGGCAAAAGAAACUAGUAUGGCAUGGUUGGCGACUAUGACUCGUGAACGCGGAGUGCUUUUCCGUACGUACGUUCCAAGUCUCGUCGUCUGUCUUGAGGAUGCCGAUAGUGGAGUCAGGGAAACUGCGAAGAUGACAGUUAUCGAUCUAUUUCGAAAUGCCCCCCCUCGAGCGUUGUCGGAUUUAAAACAGCAACUUCAAUCACAUAACGUGAGGAAAUCGAUAGCAACCUCAAUCCUGUCUAGCAUUGGCCAGGAUCAUGAACUUUCCUCUUCCAUGCAGUCUCAACCAAGAUCCGAUAUCUUGAGACCUGGGAGCAGCUUUUCAAGCCAUCGAUCUCAAGAUCCCCAGCGGCCUAACUCCGUUCUUUCCAUUCACUCCUACGGCGAACCAACAAGUAAGGAAGCAAGCAUGACAUUUGAUUCGACCUCUAUUGUUUCAGAUGCUCCAAAAAUAUCUAGAGAUCCUCCACGAAGGGAUGCGGUGCUAUCGCACAGUGCCAGCAUCGAGUCGUUCUCCGCCGUUACCGGAAACCCAGAAAUCGUUGAAGCGGAAACAAUCGAACCUCUUUACAUCAAUUCCCACAGAGAACUAGAUGAAAUAAUUCGCGAAAUGCUACCCCAUUUUGAAGGCAGAGAAUCAGAGCAGAACUGGAUUCCUCGCGAGAAAAGCGUUUUGAAACUGCGACGAAUAACAAAGGGCAACGCCCCGCAUGAUUUUGAGCAGAAUUACUUGGCGGGUAUUAAAAGUCUGCUCGACGGUAUCCUAAAAUCUUCCAACUCAUUGCGAACAACGUUGUCCGCCGCCGGUUGUUGCUUAAUUCAAGAUAUUGCACGGGUGAAUGGGCCGGCAAUUGAUCCUAUGGUUGAAGUCCUCUUGCUAAAUAUGAUCAAAGUGUGCGGGGGACUGAAGAAAAUUAGUGCACAAAACGGCAACCUCACUGUGGACGCUAUCAUCGGCAAUGUCUCUUACACUUCUAGAAUUGUACAGCAUCUUUGGGGUGCGUGUCAGGACAAAAAUGUUCAACCUAGGCUAUUCGUCACGGGCUGGAUACAAACCCUUAUCACGAAGCACAGCGGGAUCAAAGGGUCCAUUGAACACAGCGGGGGUGCUGAUGUUCUGGAAAAAUGUGUCAAGAAGGGAUUAGCGGAUCCCAAUCCUGGAGUGAGGGAAAACAUGCGAUCAACUUUCUGGACUUUCGCGAGGCUCUGGCCUGAGAGAGCUGAAGGGAUCAUGGAAACACUAGAUGCCAAGUCAAAGUCUCUUCUCGAAAGGGAUCCUAGUAAUCCAAAUCUUGACCCAAAUGCCGUAAAUACUAAUGGAAGGCCUCGAACGGGUUUGGGACCCAGCGUUUCAGGGGGAGGGUCGCGACAAACCCUCAAAGAAACGAUUGCUGCUCAGAAAAAGGCUCGUCUGGCUGUAGCGAAGAAACUACCUGCCCGCCCAGAAUCUGCGCAGUCAUCAUUUCCGGAUGUAAAAUCGGCUAAACCCCCGAUACACAAACCACCUGGGUCGACCACUCGCACAGUGCCUACUGGGGUUCAUAUUUCGUCCCAAAAUACCUCCCUCUCCUCUGCCCCAAUGCGUCCUUCUUCACGACCACGACGGCCUGAGUUGAUGCGACCUGCUACUGCCGAUCCAUACUCAUCGCGUAAUAGGUCCGUUCAAAGCGCGUCUCAUCCGAGAUUAUCAAGUCCCCCAGAAAGCCCUCCGAAACCCCGGAGUAAGACCAUAACAGCAACUCCGGGAAGAAAACCCAACCCCACACCUUCUCGUCCCAAGUCGAGACUUGAAAGCAGUGCUCCUGUCAGCACAGCAAAGCCAAAACCGAAACGGCUUGAUAUUACAGGUUUGAAAUCUGGUGAAGUUCGUUUAAUGGCAGGUCCUGCGGUUAAACCAAAUUACGCAUCUUCUGUAGACGCAAAACCACAAGUUGCUAGCCCUGUUAGCCCGGCUAGAACUGAAGAAAAUAUAGCGAUAGCCGUACCGAAGCCCGACAAUAGAACUGCGGAAAAGAUUCUUAGCCCUACUGAAGCCGUCGUCCCUGCUUCCAGUGAUGAUGUUUUCAGCCAAGACGAAGCCGAACUUAUGGUUGAUCUUCCUACUUCUAGAUCUCUAACCACGUCUCAUGGCACUCUUUCGAGCCAUCGCCGUUUGAGCAGCAGCGACGUCUCCGUUACUCAUAUCCCCAUGUCACCAUCUUUCCAAUCCCAAGUGCGUUCUGGUGAACUUUUGGCUACAACGACCAGCCCUAACAGGCGCUAUUCUAAACACAAAGAUGACGUGGUGCUGCCCAGAAUGCCCGCGCCAGCGGGCCGGCUUUCCCUUUCUAGCAGUGAGGGCAAUCAUCCUGUGGACACCCUCAAGGUCUAUGAAGACCCCCAGUCUCCAAAUGCCAAGGAAAAUAUCCCCUAUCCAUUUUCACUUGGAAUGUCCCCAAGAACACCCCGUUCGCCUGCCAAAGCAAUUCCUCUUGAAGAACACUCUAUCAACGAACCAGCAAACACUCCCAAUCGCAAACACAAUCAGCAACAGCUACCCUCAACAUUUUCUCCAGCAAGCGCUGCUUUCCCUGCGAGCGAGAAUAUACAUCGACGAUGGAAAAAGGUGGAGAUUUCAGAAAGACGAAGGAGCCUGAGUCCACGAUCGAAAGACCCAUCCCGGGCACGAGAUAUGAUUGAUAGGGGACUUAAUAAAAUCCGAUCUGGAGCUAUUGACGUCCAUGGAUAUCGAAAGGUGCAGAGUUUGAUCAAAUAUCAUGAGUCAAUAUUCAAUGACGAAGCCAAAUAUGGCGAAGCAUUGUUGGUGUUGUUAAACGCGCUGGAAGCUCCAGAUACAGAAAAGAAAUCUGCAACUGGACGACCGCUCGACAUGAAAACGCAGGUAUUAGUGACGAUUCGAUUGCUUUUCUCGAUGAAUCGUAAUUAUUUCUCCACAUACUACGCGAGAGCUAUGACGGCAAUUAUCACGGCACGCAAACACUAUGAGCUUACAAAUCAUAUUGUUAGCGGCCUCGAAGAAACAGCAGAAGAUAUUGUAGGAGCUUGUGAUCCGGCAGAUGUGAUUGACGCUGUACUGGAUCUGCUGGAAUCAGAGGAGAAGUCUCCCGAAAGCCAUCGAAUGGUCGCAAUGGGCGGAUAUAUCCUCAGCGGACUCCUACGUCGACUAAACGAAAAGAAUCUAUUCCUUAGUGAGCCGGUGCUGCAGCGCCUGGGCAACUUUGCCAACGUGAGCCUUAAGGAUCCGCAACCAGAUAUAAGACGGGCAGUAAUGGAGUUUUGUCUAGAGCUGCAUGAGAUGGUUAAGCCAGAAGAAGCAUUUUGGCGAAUGAUUAAGGCUGAAGAUCAUCGUCCAUUGUUAACUUAUUACAUUGUGAGGAAGCCGGGGAGAUGA